AUGUCGAUAAAUUCAGUCUCCAAAGGAUUUUACGGCGAGUAUGUACAUAAUGUUUGAGAUAACAGUAUCAAACCAAACAACGGUGCUGUAAAAAAAAUAGCUUUGAAGGGCUAUCCCAACAACCCGGCAGAAAGAGAGCCUUCAUUUUGACUCGUCGUAAGGGCUGGCCCAGGCCGUUUCUGAUUAAGGGAUGCCCUACUUGUGCACAUCAAUCAUCGUUCUACUUCUUAGAUCCUUGCUGCCAUUAAACGUGUACAUAUAUGUGACAUUCUUCUCAUAAAGGACCCAGCUUUAAAAAGUUCUUCUCCUGAUUCAGUCCAGAUUCAGUCGAUUUGGAAAAGGCCUAUGAUUGUAAUGCAAUGAGAAACCCAGUUUCAUGGAAGUUGUGUGCGAAUCUUCAAAGCAGCUCAGUAAAAAUACUAUUAAGAAAUAAUCUGGUCUCACGGAUAUAUUUAGGGCGGGUCGGGAUUCGUCACUAUGUAAGUCCAGGUUAGCCGACAAAUCUUCGCAUUUUGGAUGGUCGCUUAGAGGCAUUGUUUUGACUGUAUUUAGUUUAAUCUCUUUACUAGAUGUGGUGUGAGGGGUGCUUACAUGGAAUUAGUAGGGUUCAGCAAAGAAGUCAAGAUGCAGUUUAGAGACGUACUCUUUCCCAAUGUUUCUCCAACGACUAUUGGACAGGUAUUACUAGCCUUCUCGGUCAAUGCUUUUCAGUGGCGUAUCAAAGACGAUCGGUGGAAAGAGCCCACAAACUCGCUCGCACCACGAGACCCGAAAUGCGUCGGCCGGCGAAAUAAUGGGACUUUGAGACUAGGCAUGGCACGAUCGUUUUAAUUCAGCUAAGUCCACGUUUAGACGCAUGCGCACGAUUGCGCUUUCAAUGGUAAUUUUGAGCCCUGCGACAGGGUUCUAACUCCAAAGACAUCAAGGUGCCCGUGCCUGAGCCCAUAAGUUUUUCGAAAGGUGGAUAACGUUAUCUACCGGAUAAAUCUCUUUCCACUCGAUAACGCAAUUGGUUUUCCCAAUACUUAUCCACUGAAGAGCGAUUUAUCCAGGGGUGAAUGCAAUCCCAACAUUUAAAACCACCGGAGCCUGUUGGUUACUCCAACUACGUUGACAGUUAUUUUGCUUUAACACUAAAAAAAUCUCUGAGUCGUGGACAUUCCUGUAUAAUUAUAUAAUUAUUUAUUUACUUAUAUAAUUUAUUUCAUUUUUACGAGGCUGCUGUGAGUGCAAUGUGCAAUCCGCCAAGGACUGGUGACGAAUCCUACGAGACUUUCAUCAAGGUAAAAUAUAACCCUGCUUCGAGCUGUUGUACAGUAGCUCUUCAUGUAACUUUUUUCUACUCAGUGACAGUUGUACACGUUGAUGCGACGUCGGGAUUUUUUAUCCUUUCCUUAUUUCCUGCAGGAGAAGACAGCCAUUUUAGAAUCUUAUAGAAGGAAAGCCAAAAUUACCACAUCAAUGUUGAAUUCUCUUGAAGGAAUCUCGUGCAGUGACGUAACUGGUGCGUUGUAUGCCUUCGCAAAAAUUGAACUUCCACAAAAAGCCAUUGAAGAGGCUAAGGCGAGUACCUUUAAUGGCCUGUAAUAGUAACUAACCAAAAGGAGAAAAUCUGAUUCACCGACAGCAGGGAUUCGACCUUAUCAUCCCCAAAUACCGGCUGUGCGCUAUUAGCUCUGCCGAGCUUCCAAGGAAUUGUGAUAUUUAAUAAAGGCCCAGGCAAUAACAGUUUCUCCGUUAAUCGGAGGUCCCCUCUCCUAUUCUCUUUUUGGAAGGUUAAGCUUAGGUAAACGGAUGCAACAACUCCUAAAAAGGUUGGGAGUUGUUGGCUAACAAUGUUGCGUCCGUUUGCACGAGCAGGUUUCAAACUUUGAGCAACAACUCCCAACAACACGCAACAUGCAAUAGGGUGUGCCAACGGACGCAACAUGUAACAUCCAACAAUCAUGCGUCCUUUUGCGCGCAGCUUUAGCGGUUCAUAUUGCUGCAGGCGCCGGACACUCGGAGUUUUUUUUUUCCAACGUUCGUGACAAUACCAAAUGUGACACCUUUUUUCAUUUAUUUACCGAGCUUAACAGUUAAUCUCUUUCGUUGUUUUGUUGUUUUUUCUCAGCUUAAAAAUUGUACACCAGACGAGUUCUACACCUGGCAAUUGCUAGAAGCGACUGGUUUACUCCCUAUUCCCGGAAGCAACUUUGGGCAAAAAGAGGGAACAUAUCAUGUCAGGUUAGGGCAGUCCUAAUUUGCCUGACGCGGCCUAAAACAACGGCCAGUCAACUGACAACGCCCAUUCAGUAAUGGGAACAGUUUACUGCGCUGGUUAAGUACCUGUCAAAGAUUACUUAAUAGCUUCAGCAUAUUUUUCCUUAAGAGACUCAAAAUCGAGUGCCUCCUUGUACCUUAAAUGCAAAACAAUCUAACGUGAGCGUUAUUUUGUCUCGAAUAACGAGAGCGCUUGCUAAUCUGGUGGUUUUCCCGUGUGAAUGCUUUCAAAAAACAUUCACCAAAUUAGCCCGGGUACCAUCUGCUUUGGGUCGAGGUAAAGUUUAUUGAACGAGACCAUCGCCCGUACUCUCUCUGUCCACAUUAGACCUCACCCUUACAACAUCAAUAGACACAGUGGAACUGAGAUUUCGUUAGAACAUGUUCGUAGAGGGGUCCCCUCUACUAACUAUGGUUAGAAACGAGGAUGCUUGCAGCAGCUGAUUGGUACCACAGCAGAAGGCAACAGAUUUUUACACGAUUAAUGCCAUAAAAACUGCUUUCGAAACCCACCAACUAUGAGUGAGGGUCUUAACUCAGGCACGUUCAAUAUAUUAAAAUUCUAGCGUGACUCCGAGGCUUUCUAUGGUCAUUUUUCUGUAUUUGGCCUGGUUUUCUUGGUGCUCAAGUCUCUUCUGGGAAUUGCGAGACAAUGGAGUCGUGAAAACUUUGCAAUUUUGACCUUAAAGCCUCGAGGUCGUGUUAGAAUGUUAAUUUAUCGAACGUGGGCUAAUUGACAUAUCAAAGUAAUAAUAUAAUCCUCGUUUGUUUUGUUUACUACAGAUUUACUAUUCUACCUUCUGAAGAUAAAGUAGUUUCUAUGUUCAACAGGAUAAGCACGUUUCACAAGGAAUUCAUGGACAAAUACAGAUGA